UUUCUUUAUAAAUUUCUUAAUUGAUUUUUGAUCUAGCUUCAUUUUAGCAUUUGGAUACUAAUUAAGUGAUCUUUGUGUAAUGGUUUUGAAUUUUUUCAUUCUUUUGAUUUCGUUUAAGAUUUUUUUUUCCUCUUCCAAUUUUUCUUCCAGUCGAAGCAAUUCUGAGCUUGCUGAACUCAAUGACCAAUGCUAUAAAGAAAAAAGGAUAUGAUGAUUGCCAACUGAACAGAGAUGAAAUCAAGUUACUGAUCUUGCCCAUGGAGGAAAAAGUACAAGAAGAGAACUGCGAUGAAAUGAAGAUAUUGGUGGAGUCCAUGGUGGAAAAACUAGAAGAGGUCAGUUCCUUGCAAUCCAAUUAUGAUAUAUACCGAGUUCCCAUGCAGCUUCAAAGGGUAAACCCAGAUACCUACACACCUCUGUCAGUCUCAAUUGGCCCUUUGCACUAUAACAAGGAACACCUAAGGACCAUGGAGACACAUAAGUUGCGCUAUUUAAAGCGCUUUCUAAACCCACCCUUUCAGAAAACAUUAGAUGAUUAUGUGGAAGCUAUGAAUAAUUUGGAAGAAAGAGCUCGCAAAUGUUAUUCAGAAACCAUGGGCAUGGUAAAAAAUGAGUUUGUGAAGAUGAUGGUGAUGGAUGGAUGUUUUAUACUUGGGUUCCUCGAUAACAUUGAAUCAGGAGCGAAUGAUCAUUUCAUAUCAAAUGUUUCAUGGUAUGAGGAAAUUAAGAUUGAUCUGAUUAAGCUUGAAAAUCAGCUUCCAUUCUUUGUUCUUGAACAUUUAGAUGGCCUAAUCUUUCCAAGGUUGCCCGGCCAAUACACCUUCAGUCAUCAUAUCUAUGCGAAUCUCUUGAGUUCUUUCGCAAAAGGGUUCCAUGGCCCAACCCUUGGUAGUGAAGAACAAAUAAAAUCAUUACAAUUACCUAAGGGUGAAACAAAGCAUUUUCUUCAUCUUUUACAUUGUGUUCUAGUCCCACCAGUCCCAUCAUCUCCUGUGACGAGGAGGAGGUGGAAAUGUGGUGAAAAGAUUUUGCCACUUAAGUAUUGUGCCUCGGAACUUAGGAGUGCUGGUGUCAAGUUUCAGAAGGAGGAGAUGUCGUCUGAUCACUCUCCUCCAAAAAAGACAUCUUUAUUUGACAUAACCUUCGACAUGGAGACGGGAAUAUUGACAAUCCCAACUAUCAUGAUCGACGACAGUACAGAAAUCAUCCUUAGAAAUCUUAUUUCCUUUGAGCAAGGCCAAAAAUACUGUACUAAAUAUUUCACAGCCUAUGCAUACUUCAUGAGUGGCCUCAUUGACACUCCUAGUGAUGUCAAAUUACUAGAGCAGAAGGGAAUUAUAACAAACCACCUUUGCAACACAGAAGAUAUAGUGACCUUAUUUGGAAACAUUGGCAAAUAUGUUACCCUGGAUGCUCGAUAUCCUUAUUUCUAUGGUGUUAUCAAGGAUUUGGAGGAUUAUCACAAUAAAUCAUGGAAUAAAUCAAAGGCGAGUUUGAUGCAGAAGUAUUUCAACACGCCAUGGGCAUCGAUUUCAGUAGGUGCUGCAGCGUUACUCCUCAUCUUCACCAUUAUACAGACUACUUGUUCCAUCUUACAAGUCAAACCUUGAACAAGUCCAAGAUCUGCAUCCAUGCCAUGAAUCUAUUCUCUUAUAUAUUAGAUGGUUGUUGAGAUGGUGUAAUCUCGCUUUUUAUUUAUUUAUUUUUUAAUUUAAAGAUGACCUGAAAUGUGAUAUAAUUGUGUAGCUAUCAUAAAUAAUUCCUCCCAGUGUUUGGAGGCUCAUUCAUACUCUGCUCACAUUUGACAAUAUUUACGCAUUAUGCAUGGACUGAGAAAAGCUGAGAAUUAGUCUUCCCUUCUUUACAUAGCAAUGUCAGGUCAAAGAGUUGAAA